UGGGAUUGAAACGUAGAAAUUGAUACCUCCAGUUUCCUUUCUCUUCGCGCAGUUUAACCCGCAUGGAGCCCACAGAAGCACAUGUUUAUCUUUAAUUUACACACGAUGAGAAUGGGAUGUAGUGUACACGUGAAGAGAGUCUGUUAUUAUUUCUGAUUGACAGUUACCACGACAGCCUCAAGAACAGUUUUAUUAGCAGACGACAGACAGACAUUCCAUGUUUUUGAUUUAACUAACUUACCGAGCUUGUGAUUAGCUAUCAACAAACUUUUAUAAACUUUCAGGAAGUUAGCUACUUCUGUCAAAGUUAUUUGUGACCUGACUGUUGUGAAAGCUGAAAAGGAAUAUUCUUUUGGAAAAUAUUUUUUCAUACUUACGUCAUGGAAUAAUUCAGCUUUUGACUUUUGAUUGGAUGAAUUUAAUGUGGAUGUGACAUUUCAAAAAAGAGAAAAAAGUAUCACGAACAAAUUAAGGGAUAGACAAAAAAUCCUAACUUGAUUAAGAAAUAAUCUGCUUUUAUUAUUGAAAUCAUAAAACACAAUUUCCGCCUACCACCGCGUGAAGUCUGCUGUUUUACUAAGAAGUGACAUUAAGAGCGCAGAGAACGGAAGAUGAAUUCCUAACUUGCGUGAGCCAUAUAGUUUGUUUGGGGUGUCUGAAUUUUAUCGACACUUAUUCGCCCCGUUCUUUGUAAGUGCACAAGAAAAGAUCUCCACAGAAUCUAUGAGCUGUUUGCAGUAUUAUUGUUUUUCUUUCGUAUUGGAUAUUCGCCUUCCCCGUGUUAACACUACGCCAACAAACCAUAGACUCAAAGUGUCAUUCAAACUCCCGACGCUCGAAUAGUUUUAAAAAUAAAACAUCUCAGCAUUGUGUGGCAUUUGGAUGUCAUUUGAAAAAUGUUGAAAACCCUACCACGCUUAGUUUGAUAUUGUUCGGAAUUUCAGUUAAACUUUUGGACGACUUUUGACAUUCUUCAUAAACUAAUUACUUGCGUGAAUUAAAAGUUUGUCUUGGUGUUUCACGACCACGGCGACUGAAUUGGUCGGAGAAUUUUUCUAUAAAACUGUGCCAUUAAAAGACGAAGAGUUUACACGGAACGAUUGUUAUCUACUGUUGACUGGCGGUACUAAAAGGAGCAGAAGUCGAAAUCUCUGACGCCAUCACCCAAAUACCAGUGUUGUACGGUUCAAAAAGCUAAAAGAUACUUUAGCAGACGAUAUGUUCAGUGUGUUGACUCGUGUAUAAAGUUGGAUUAUCUGUGGCUUGAAAGUUAUGGUCUUAGCAGACGACACAACAAAUACGAAAGAAUGCACGAGCUGGUUGUAGUUUUUGUGGCCAUUUUCCACGUGGCUUUAGGGGAAUUAAAGCCCAAAUUUAACCAGACACCAGAACACGUGACUGUGAUAGCCGGAAACAAGGCCAUCCUACCCUGCACUGUUGAAUUCCGCGGAGAGCACACGGUGAUAUGGUCGAGUCCCAGAAAAACUCUGAUAAGUCACGCUGACAGACGUAUGAUAGAUGACCAUAGAAUCAGUGUUGAAAGACCCUAUAUAAAAGAAUGGAAUCUACAUAUAAGAGAUGUGAGACACAAUGACAGUGGUACAUAUAAAUGUGAAAUUAAUACAGUUCCUAUUCAAGCAAAACUUGUCACUUUGUCAGUAUUUGUUCCACCAAUGAUAAUCAGUAAAUAUUCAUCAGAUUUAGUUGUUAAACAGGAAACAGAAACGGCAGAAUUGAUAUGUAACGUCACGGGUAUUCCGGCGCCAAAUGUCACGUGGUACAAACGUAACUUCCGGAAAGGAAAUGGGUAUAAAGAAAAAAUUGGUUUAGAAGGAGGUGCUUUAUUAAUUCAUAAUGUUUCACGAUACUGUGAUGAUAUCUACGAAUGUGUGGUAGAUAAUGGAGUGCCACCACCUAGAAGUAAAGCUAUUCGUGUUGAAGUACAGUUUGCUCCUGAGGUAGUAUUGACAAAUAAACGAAUUGGACAGAGGAGGGGCAAGGAAACAAUUCUGGAGUGUAUAAUCUACGCUCACCCACAUAGCAUCACGGUAUGGAAAAGGAAUGGUCAGAAAAUUCAACAAAAAAGUGAUAAAUAUUCAAUAGAGGUAUUCCCCGACGAAGAGAACCGAAUGGUUACUCUGAGUUUGCGCAUCAUGGAUUUAGAAUCAAGUGAUUAUGGUUCUUAUACAUGUGAGGGCAGUAAUCCGCUGGGCAAAGAUGCAGAAGAUAUGAUAUUAUAUGUAAUCGAACCGGAUCCGGUUGUAACCCAUACAACAACGACCACCACUACGACAUACGGUUUACAAUACGAGAUAGACGUCAACGGUGGCGUUGGCAGUUGGGCGAAUAAUGGAGGAGGCAUUUCCAGAAAUGGCGACGGUGGUGGUGAUUCAAAUCGAGGUUGGGUAGAAGAGGGUGGGUGGGAGAAAGAUAGACUGAACCCAACAUCUAAACCACAUAAAAAUCCUACAAAUGAAAGAGGUCGUCCAGUAACUAAUCAGAUUUAUCCAGGUCCAAGAACCAAUCCGAUAAGUGCGUGCAGGAGGUUCGAGACUAGUGUUGUGUUAUUAUCCAGUCUGCUGAGUUUAACGUUAUACUGCAUAAAAUACGUUUUGACAUGACCUCUGAACCUCUGAUUUUUUUGUGAUUUGUGUCUGAUUUCUGCUUGUAGACGUGUGUUGAAAAAAUAUCACAAAGUUUAAUCUUAAACAAAGCUCAUCAUCAUUUACUGUGAAAAACAAACUGUGAAUAUCAAAUAAUGCUUUAAUGUGUGGGCAAAAAUUGCUCAACUGUUAUUAUUCAUCGCAUUUUUAAAAUGAAUCAAUGACGUUUGUUAAUCGAUUAAUCGAUCAUAUCCCGAUUAAAUCAUUGCUGUGACGUAAUAUAUGUCGUCACUUAACUCCAUUUGCGAUACUGGCCAACUUUCCAAAAUGGUCAGUGUGAAUAAAGAACAUCCUGCAUUUUAUGACGUAAUCUGUUAUUUUCCUAUUUUUUAAUUUUAACCAAGUUUUAAAAACAACUCGGUGAAAUAUAAUUUAUCUUUCACACGUCACUUAUGUUGCCGUUAAAAUUAAAUUACUUCUUCAGAUAAUCCCGCUACAUUUACAGGUUCUCCACCAUAAUCCAUGGGAGAUUAAUAAACUGAGUAGAAGCUCUGAAUAUCCUUUGGAUACAGACCACCUUUAAUUCUCCGCUGGUUCGUUUUUAGGGCUAAGUGUUCGCUUCCACUGAGGGUGCGCACACAGAAAUGAACACACGUCUGUGGGUCCCCACCCACACCCAACUCCACCUCAGGGGUUGGUUACGUUGAAAAAGCACAGCGGAUCGUUACAUGUUUUUAUUGUAUGCUACUUUCGGUUUGUGUAUCUUAAGAUUUGGAGCAAGACGUUACCAAACUUAGCUCCAUCUGUAGUAAAAGGCGUUAUACCAAACGCAAAUUAGGUAAACAAUUAGAGUAAGACAAUAUCUGAGAAUAAACGUUAUGGGGAAAGCUAAGGUGAUAUGUAGCCUCUUGUAGUUCUUAAUCUCCAAUAUUUGUAUAUUGUGUAGAGAAUUGUUGAAAGGCCCAUUGAAAGGGGUUCAAUAUUAUCAGAUUAAGAAGGAGUUUCAAAAAUAUAAAAAAAAAUAUUAAAACUUGAGUCGCUUGGGAAAAUAAUGGGCAGAUAUUGUUAUCAAAUCUUACCGUCUUGGAAAUGUUUCCCUGAUACACACUCAACAGAUAUACGACGUCGUUACGUGUUCAUAUCGAAAGUGGCAUGAACAGCCUUUCUUACAUAUACCGGUAAUAAGUUAUACUAAAGUCGUUGCAGUAAAAAAACCAAACAGGAAUCUGUAUAACAAAUCGUAUCUACCAUUACGUAAUUAAGAAGAUAUACAUGUAACUGUCUCUGCCGAAAAGAGGCGUGGUACAAUAUUAAGUCACAGUGGAAGGGUAAAAACCAUUGUCAAUCUCCAUGCAUAACAGUGAGGCUACUAUUCAUAUAUUAUUAACAUGUGGUCUACUCCUACACACAAAACUAAACGAACGUUGAUGCUAUAUUUUAUACCAAUGUUUAUGCAAUAAUCCUAUUGCGUUCAUCAUGUAUAUGCAGUAGGGGUGGUUUAUGUUUGCGUUAAAUAAUAAUUAAACGACAUUCUUGUUUUUGUCAUAUUCCAUUGUAUAUUUGUUAUCAUGAACUAUUCGUAAUAUGUGUACAUAUAUUUGACCCCACAAAUAUUGUUCUGCUUGAUAAGUAUUUCAGUCUAAUUCUGAAAACCAGAAAUUGUAUGUGGCCCUAUUGUUGGGGGUACCGCUAGUGUUAAAGUCUCUAAUGUUAGCGAUAGUUAAUCCCUUGAACACUACAGUCUUUUGAAAGAUGAAUCUCUAAAAGGAUAUGUGCCCUUAAAUGGUCAAUUCCGAUCAGUAUUUAGAAAGAUAUGUUAAACAUACAUUAUGCAAGAGCUAAAUCUGCCUAUUGCAGGUCUUUCUUUAGGCCUGAAAUGUUAUCUAAACUAUUAAUUAGACAUUAAUUAACUUAUCCAGACCAUAAUAACCAACUCGCUAGCCUGUGAUGUUUAUUGGAUUAGGUUCCGAUUUCCUGUUCAACUUCCAUUUAUAAUUUAAUAAUGAAAUGGACCAUCGAGACUAUGGUUUUUUUUUUAUCGUGCCGACUUUAGUAAUGAUGAUCGAGGCUAGGUCGAAAAUUCAAUCGCUAAAAUCUCGGUUCAGAGUGGAUCAAUUUGACUGAAAUUUUUAGUAAAUUCCCUUUACAUUAUCUAUUUUUUAAUUAUUAUAGUGAGAACUACCAGCUCUUUAUCUAAUCUCCUAUAAUGUAUCUUUAAAUUUAAAAUUUGUCAACGCCAUUCACUGCAGCCGAUUAGGAUAUAGUCAACACGAUACGUAUGAUUAAGUCUUAAAAUCGUCUGCGUCCCUUUAAAAUCUAAGACGGGGGAUUAUCUAUCGUAGAUAUUUUGAUUCAUAAUUUUCACGGAAUUAAGACGUUUGAUGAUUACGGGCCCAGGUUUUCAGAAUUUGAUAGAGAUAUUUAUUGAACAGAACUAUAUGGGGGCAUAUUUAAUAUGAAUGUCAUAAUGGUUUAAAAUUCUAUUUUAUGUAAUAUUAGCUGCUCAAUGUGUUGUUGAAACAACUGUAGUAUUUUAAACUUCAUCACCAUAGAAACUCGACAACAGGGUAAUAACAUACCUUAAAAGGAAAUCAGAUUUUUAUGUAAAUUUUCUAAUUCAUUUUAUCCCUAUUCCGACAUAUUUAAAAGGGAUAUUAUAUUCACCCUGUCUAACGCUCAUUUAACACAUUUAAAAGAAAAUCAAAUUUUAUAUACAUUAUUUUUAACUCUAAUCUCUUAUUCAACUAUUUAUCGAAUGUUUAUUAGGUGUUAGGGGUUCAACUCUGGAGAACUAAAUGCGUUUUAAACACCGAUUGCCCCCUAUCAGCAUAUUGCCCUUAUCCCUUGUCAUGUCAGCUAAUAAGGCCAAUGGGCGUGAAAGGGUUCUUUUGCAGGAUUAGUUUGCAAGGACAGUAACAUAUCAAGCAAGACCCAUCCUUAUCAAGGGUAGAUGACGUAAUAGUCGAAUGAGGGGAAGUUUAAGAUGUAUAUCUUUGUCCAGUUUGCAAUCGAAGAUCCUUAUCGAAAAAAAACCCAUCCUUAUUUACCAGAAUUAUGGAAUUUACAUAUUUUAAUGUAAUAUGUAACCACAACAAGUACAGACUGGGCCUCGGGCCGUCGGACGUGGCCGCCAGGGAUCCAUCGACAUAUAUUAUUUCAAAAUAAAUUCAAUCUAUCUUCGCAUCCAAUGAAAAAUAUAACGGCCUAAAUCCGAGUGAGGUGUGGUAAAGGUGAAUCAAGCUAAUUCCGUUUUCUCAUCCUACAAAAAAUCUUCACCGCGGUGGGGGGCCCAGAUCUACCCAGUCCACCCCUGUCUGUAACAAUAAAUAUUUGUUUAAAUAAUAUCUUUAUCUAUCUAUAUAAUAAUCCAAUGUAAUAUAAACUAUGUAAUUAUUAUUAUUAUUAUUUAUAUUGUUGUAUAUGUGUAAUUGUAUUAUAAUAUGUUUUUUUGUGAGUUAUGUUGUUACAUCUAGAGAUGACGUCACGUUAUUUCUAUCGCUGCCACAACAGUUAUGUGUAAGUAAUAAAAGUUUAUAAAUAGUC